AUGUCUGUUCCGUUACUAGCGUUCCCAUAUGAGGAAUCUCAUAACACCCUGAUAAGGCUAAAUAAGGUCAUUUUGACAGAUAGUGACGAUGAAUACAGAUAUGUCAUGACACUAGAAGACUCUGACAAUAAUGAAAAGCGUACAUGUACGAACAUCUCCAAGAUUAAAAGCAUUGAUCAAAAGCCAGUACCUACCUUAAUUACAUAUAUUCAAAAUCCUCCGUCAUCGAACCCAAUUUCAGCAAGCUUUCCUUUAUUAGUGAGCACUCCAUCAAACUUUAAUAGGAUCAAACUUAGCAUAUCGAUCAGUACUGAACGUUUACAAUCCAAUCUAAACAAGAAAUCCUUAAUUAUUCUUAAGACAUUGGCCGAAGACGAUGAUAUUUCGGUACUCAAAAGGACUCUUGACUCACCUUCACCCAGUUCCAAUGUUCGAGAAGCUUCAAGGUUACCAUAUACAAAUUUCCCAAUAAAAGGGUCUGAAAUACUAGACCAUGACCAUCAAAGGGUAAUCGUAAACGAUGUAUUCACGCGAACUUAUUUUCAAAACAAUAGGUUGAAUGUCUCACUCUGGGAAUUAGAUCAUGAACUGGAAACUCAUUUACCAUUAUUAAAUUUUAAGGUUUGGAUUAAUGAAGAUUUGGUUUCUUCUAUAUCUAGUAGUCCUUUAGCAAAAAGUUCAUCUGAAAAUGAAAAUGCUCCUAUACAAUCCCCACUUAUGGAACCUACAACAGCAACAACUUCAGCAGCAGCUGAAAUGAAAAAGAAUGUUAUAUCAUUGAAAAUGGCUCACGUUCAAGAUGCAUUCUUAUAACACUGAAGAUGGUCCUGAAUUUCGAAAGACUCUUAGGCUGUACGAAAUUGCAUUACCACUGUUCAAGACUAAUUGUGAGGGAUUAUUUCAUAAUUUGAGACUUCUCGAUUCUCAACUAGAUCAUUUAUCAACCACCAAGAAUAAUAUAAUUGAGUAUACGAAUACUCUAUCCAAAUUACAUACUUUUAGUCCACUUCUUCACGAUCUUAACUUUGUUAAAGAUUUCGAAGCAAAAUUUCAAGCUAUUUUCACUUCAUUUGAGCAUAAUUUAAGAUUUUUCCUCAACCACUUAUAUGAUAGCAGACUUUUAUCAAGACUCAAUUCCCAAUUGGGCAGUAUAACAACUGAAAACAAUUCCAAUGGUUCUGGUAAUGAUUUGGUAGGCAACAAAAAAUUAUUUGAAAGUAAUUCUAAGGAGUUUUAUGCAUGGCUCAACAAGUAUUUAUCUAAUGAAAAGGAGAGACCAGCACUGAAACUUCUUGUCAAGAGGAAAAUAUUUGAAUUAUCGAAGUUUGAUUACUUAAACUUCCUCGUCACAUCCACAAAUAAUCAGUAUUUCAAUCAGUUAUUGGAAAAUAUUUUUAAGCUCAUUAAUUUGGACAUUUCCCCAUCUCUGGGAUACCUUGAGUUGAAGCUGAAACAAUUCUCUACAUCACCUUUAGGAAAAAAAUAUGAAUUUUUCUUAAACUUAGUAUCAAGAUAUAAUAGUGAAAAGUUUCUUUUGAGACAAAGUAUUGAAGCAAGUACGUCAAAUGAAGAAUUAACUGAACUCCUUCGACAUAAUAACUUGAGUCAUUCAGAUAAUGCUGGCAAGUUAAUUGCAUCUAAUGACUCACUUGAUAAAGUAUUUUCAAGUACUAGAAAUCCAACGAGUUCGGUAAACUCAGGGCAAAUGGUUGGUAUCACAUCAGCUCCAAAUAUUCAUGAUGAUCAAAAUGCUGAAAUGGCUGGGAUCCUAUACACACUAGGUGGUCAAGGGAAGCAAGGAUGGCAUAAAGAAUGGGUUGUCCUUGCUAAUGGUCAAUUAAAAGAGUAUUCCGAUUGGCGUAGGGGUAAAGUCCCUAUUAAUAAACCAAUAGAAAUAGCACUUUCUAAUGUUAAGGCUAUCACUAAGGAUAAGAGGAAACAUUGUUUUGAGAUCACUUCAUUAGGAUCGAAGCAUAUAUUCCAAGCAAUAAAUGAGAAUGAGAGAGAUAAUUGGAUUCGUGCCUUAUAUAAUGCUGGCCAAUUAGUUGAUACAGAACGACUCAAUGCAAAUAAUGGAAAUAAUAGGAGCAAGGAUUCCAGGAAGAAAGUGUUGCUGCCACUACUGAUGAAGUUACCUAAACCCAAUGUCGUUGGAGCAGGUAAUCCUGAUGUACUUUCUCCUGUUUCAAUCCACACAACUUCACCUAUACCAUUAAUCGAAAAGGACCACUUGAGUCUUGUAAGAUCUCUUGAAAAUAGCCAGAAUAAUAUAUGUGCCGAUUGCGGAUCUAAUGACACAGUCGAAUGGAUUUCGGUGAAUUUUUUGACAGUAUUCUGUCUUAAAUGUUCUUCAGCUCAUAGAGGUCUUGGUUCACAUAUUUCAAGAAUUAAGUCUUUGAAAUUAGAUAAUUUUAAAGAUGAAACAGAGUUGCUAUUGAAAUACAUCGACAACCAUACGGCUAACUCAUAUUUAGAAGACUUACUCCCGAUUGAAAAGAAAAUAACUUCUAAUGCUAGUGAUGAAGCUCGAGCGGAGUUCAUUCAACAAAAAUACGCUAAAAAAAUGUAUUGUACAAAGAUUGAUCAAGAUGAGUUAAAUGAUCUUUUGAUCAAGAGUAUUCAGAAAAUUGACAUUCCUGCCACUCUUAAAUAUAUCAGUUGCGGAGGUGACAUCAAUAUCAAUAUAUCUUUGAAUGUCAACAAAGACGAAUACGUUUCAGUAAGUCUCUUGGAAUAUUCUUUAAGAAAGUUUAUUGUUGUUAAUGAAGGUUCAACUUCUAAAAAAUUAUUUGCUAUAUCGGAGUUAUUAGUGUUGAAUAGCUGUAACCCAGAAAAUGUGAAGGUGUUGAAAAAGAAUAUAGGAUUGACAUCUGAUUCAAUUGAAUAUUGGAGACAUAGAAUUGAAAGACUCCUUAGAAAUGAAAGAUAA